AUGGCGCCGAAUAAGCUCAGCCUCAACCUCCAGCCGCCCGCACCGUUCGACUUUGUGAACCCGGGAACCUGGCCAGCAUGGCUCCGCCGCUACGAGGACUACGCCGUCGUUUCCGGCCUGACUCAAGCAUCCGGCGACAUGCAGGUAAGCUCGUUGUUCUACUGCAUGGGGCCGGAGGCCCGCCCACUUCUGGAGACGUUUUCGCUCGACACCGCAUCACUCGCCUCAUUUCAAGCGGUUGCCGCUAGCUUCACCGACCACUUCGUGCAUCCGGCGAAUGAACUGUACGAGUCGUCGCGUUUUCACCGGCUUGUUCAGUUACCCGACGAGAGCGUCGACGCCUACUACGCCGAACUGUGUAGAAUGGUGAAGCGGUGCAACUAUCCGUCAGCUGAGGUGGAGCAAAGGCUUGUACGCGAUAGAUUCGUCGUCGGCCUCCACGACUCGCGCCUUUCGAACCAGCUUUGCCGGAACGCGAAAUUGACGCUCAAAGAAGCAUGGAUGCAGGCCCGUCAAUCAGAAGACGCUGACAAAGAAAAAACGUUGCCUCAAAACUGCGCAGAGCACUCCCGCGAGCUACACCUCGACGCCGUACGAGAUAAGAAGUUCGCCUCUCGCCGCCGCAACUACGAUAAGCGGCCUUCGCCCCCGCGGAAAGCAGAGCGCUCCGGCCAGCCGUCAACAUGUGAAUUCUGCGGCCGCGCGCCACAUCCACGUUCUAAUUUCCCUGAUCGAAACUCCGUCUGCAACUUCUGCAAAAAGAAAGGACACUUUGCGGAAGUGUGCCGCGCGCGGCAGGCAAAACAGAAGCUCGGCUCCAUUCAGCUACACGCUGUGUGGACGCCCGCCCCGGCAAAGUUCGUCGACAUCACCGUUGACAACUACACAGCGCAGUUCAAGGUCGAUUCCGGAGCCGAAGUGUCCGCCGUUCCGAGCGAGUUCCCUGCAUUGCCGGCCAAGCUCGACCCCGUCAACAGCCUGCUCACCGGACCUGGCGGUCAGCCGCUGCGCGUGCUGGGUUCGUACAUGGCGAGACUUCGGUGGCACCGGAAAAUGAGCUCUCAGCGCUUGUACGUGAUCCAAUCUCUCACCGUACCUCUUCUUGGACUGCCGGCGCUUCAAGCUCUGGAAGUUGUAAAGUUUCUCGACGAACUUCAGACUCCGAAAGCAACAUUGCGUGCUGAGCUCUUCCAGGGAUUGGGCACCCUCAAGGACGAGUACACUAUUCUUCUGAGACCCGACGCCGUACCCUUCUCCCUAAGUGUGCCUCGCAGGAUUCCCAUCCCGCUACGCGAGGUCGUCCGUCACGAGCUUUACAAACUGGAGGAAGGAGGCGUGAUCCGAAGGAUCGACAACCCAACCCAGUGGUGCUCUGGUCUCGUUGUAGUACGGAAAGCCGAUGGUUCCUACCGGCUGUGCGUUGACUUCACUCAGCUGAACAAGGUUGUCCUUCGGGAACGCCACAUCCUACCAACUGUAGAGCAAGUCCUUGGCCUCCUUGGCGACGCAACAGUUUUCUGCAAGCUGGAUGCAACAGCCAGUUUUUAUCAGGUUAAACUAUCCGCAGACUCCCAAGAGCCCACAACGUUCAUCACCCCAUUUGGCCGAUACUGCUUCUGCCGGCCCCCCUUUGGCAUCACCUCCGCGCCGGAGUACUUUCAAAAACAGAUGGCCAGGAUCCUGGAGGGCCAGGAAGGAGUCGCCAAUAUGAUAGACGACAUUCUGGUCUUUGGGCGCACCCGCGAGGAGCACGAUGCCAGACUGAGCCAGGUGCUGUCUCGCCUUGCAAAAGCAGGCCUCACGUUGAACCAAGACAAGUGUCGUUUUGGUGUCUCCAAAGUCUCCUUCCUAGGAGUCAUCGUUUCAGCACAAGGCAUCAGGCCAAGUCCAGACAAGGUCGAAGCAAUCAAAGCCAUGGAGGCUCCAACAGACAUCGCGGGUGUCCGGCGAUUGCUCGGAAUGGUGAACCAUCUUGCCCGGUUUUUGCCUUGCACCUCAGUGGUCACAGCUCCCAUCAGAGCACUUCUAAACAAGUCUGCGACUUGGGUGUGGCAGCAUGAACGAAAUGCUGCAUUCGAGAAAAUCAAGGAACUCCUGACAUCAGACCGUUGCAUGGCCAAGUACCAUCCAUCAUACGCCACCACAGCUUCGGCUGACGCAAGCUCAUUCGGACUGGGCGCAGUCUUGCUGCAGACACAGCCCUCUGGAGAGCGCCGCCCAGUUGCGUUUGCUUCGAGAUCAAUGACCGAGACGGAGCAGCGUUGCAGCCAGACAGAAAAGUAA